AGGCAGCAGGCACGGCGGGCAGAGCGAAGCGGUCAAAGUUUUCUUCUGGUGGGGAGUUGACGUCGCCGUCAAGCUGACCACCAGAGAGAGCAGUGGAUUGUUCUCUGACCAUGUUGGAGAUUGAAGAAAAUCUCCAGGCAGCUUUCAAAAAGCUGCGGGUUGACUCAGAAGGAUCCACUGCUUCUCUUCCUGUAAAUGAGGGGACACCUCAGAGAGCAUUUGUAAGAACUGCAGAUGAAACCAAAGCAAAGACUGUGUGUGCAUCUAAAGAGAGCUGGCAUUGGUGUUUGAGGAAACCUUUGAGAGGAACAGUGAGAACACAGCGAAGCCGGCGGUCAAAGUCUCCAGUACUCCAUCCUCCAAAGUUCAUCCACUGCACAGCCAAAAUGCCUUCCUGUAGCUAUCCUGUGCACAAGAACCUGACAGACACUUCUGAAAGCAGCUGUGGCCUGGAUGUGCCAACGCCAAAAGAAUCCUCUAAGAAGGAACAAGCCAGUCAUCCUCUCAAUGAUGUUGGCAAGAAGCAAAUGGGGGGCAAGCAUUCUGGGGCAUCCAUGGUUGAAAUGCUGAAGAACACACCUGCAAAUGUCCCUGCCGGUGUUCUUCUUCCUACAACAAUUCUAAAGGCCACAGGUCUUUCUAAUUUCCAAUCUAUGUCUGAGCAAAAUAAAGGGAAUCUGUGUGCAUGUGUAGACAAGACCUGUCAAUGUCAGCGAUGGCAGGACAUGAAAGUGUACAUGUUUUCUGGCUUACAAAACUCUCCUGUGCCUGCACCUGAAAGAACAGCACAUGUUCAGGACAACUCCCAAACUUUGCCAUCAAGAAUUCCCUCCAGUUCUCUCAGGUCUUGCUCUGAGCAAGCCAGAGCUCAUGUAGAUGAUGUGACUAUUGAAGACCUUUCGGGGUACAUGGAGAAUUUCUUGUAUAUCCCUAAGAAAAUGUCCCACAUGGCAGAAAUGAUGUACACCUGAUAACAAUGGGCUGUAUUGAACAAAGGUCUUUGGUAUCGGCCCAUGUUCACGCUCUGUCUUAAAAGCAGUUGCUCUCUGUGCUUGUAAUAAAGACACUUUGCAUCACA